CAUACUGCUGCUCACUCCUCCCUGCUUACUCUCACUUUCUGUCUUUGGGUUUUUUCAUUGGGGGUCUGCUAAAUCUACCCAUCUGGGUUACGUUCACUUUCCGAGUUAGAAAAAAAAGAGACAGGCAGAUAAUCGGGAGAAAUGUUGAGAGAGAUGGAGAUCCAACAUUUUAGCCACGAAGAGCACCCCUUGAUGUUGGUGGAAGAGUUAGAAAAUGAAGUUGUUUGCUCCGGGUGCGAUAAAUCAGUAUCAUGUGGUCCUGCCUACAAAUGCUAUCCCUGCAAAUUCUUCCUCCACAAGUCAUGCGCUGAGUUACCCCGUGAGAUACAACACCACCCUUUGCAUCCAAACCACACCCUCCUUCUCAAAGCGCCAUCAAAGAAUUUUAGAUAUUGUGAUGCCUGCCUUAAGUAUUCCAAAAGAGUAUUCUUCUACCAUUGCAAUAGUUGCAAUUUCGACCUUGAUAUCGAAUGUGCUUCCAUUUGGCCAACUAAACCUGACGACUGCCACCAACAUGAAUUCGUUCCCUUCUUUCAGCAAAUUCAGUUCACUUGUAUACUCUGUGGUGAGGAUUGCAGCACCGCCGCCCAGCCGGCCCAGGUAUGUCGCAUUUGUCAACACUUGGCUCACACUCUAUGUGCUCUGAAGCCGCGUACCAUCAAAAUUGCGGCAGAUCGCCACUUGCUCACUCUCAUCUAUUCACUUAGUAAAGUGAUCAUGGAGGAGCACGACGAUGUUUUCUGUGAGCUUUGCUGUAAAAAGGUCAACCUCAAGUAUGCGGGUUAUUAUUGUCAAAAAUGUGAUUUCGUAUCCCACUUGCAAUGCGUUGGCAUAAAUAUUUGUCCUCCAAGUGAGACCUUAGACUCGAGCAUAGAUCUCAUUGAGGAUAUCGACUUUGAAGAGGUUGAAGAAGGUGAUGUGCUCCAACGUUUCUAUCAUCAACACAGCUUAAUCAUUAGCCGCGAUGAAGUAGAGGUUCAUGAUCAUAAGCUCUGUGAAGGUUGUAUGCAAUCAAUUUCUGCCCCAUUUUAUAGUUGUGAGCAAUGCAAUUACUUUCUCCACAGCACAUGUGCUCGACUACCCUUAAAGAAGCGAUACCCAAGUCAUUCACAUCCGCUUACUCUCUCCGCAAGGGGAAACUACAUUGAUGGCAUUGAAUAUUGUCAGGCUUGUGGUGGUUAUAGCCAUGGGUUCGCUUAUACAUUUCACAACUACAGACUUGACAUCCGAUGUUGUUCGAUUCCAAAAUCCCUUAAGCACGAAGUUCACCAACACUCCCUCAAUCACGCUAUCAGUUCUCUCGAAACUUGCAAUGCUUGUGAUGGGUGGAAUAAGUGCAGAGAUUGUAAUAGGCCCCACAAUGGUGUAUUUGUAUGCACUAAAUGCAAUUUUGCCUUGGGUUUCGAAUGUGCAACACUCCCACUCAAAGCUAAGUAUGAAUAUCAUCCGCAUCCUCUCUCACUCACUCACAUUGCUACUGCUGAAUACGACGAUUCUGAAGAAUAUUAUUGUCUAAUUUGCGAAGAAGAAAGAAAUUCAAAUCAUUGGUUUUAUUGCUGCAUACAAUGUAACUUUGUUGCUCAUCCUAAAUGCGUAGUUGGGCAGAAUCCUUACAUUAAUUAUGGAAGAAGUUUUAUUUCUAAAGAUCAUCAACACCUUCUCACUUUUGUACGGAAAACUAAGGCCUCUCGUCCAUCAACAACGACAGAAUCAACGCUUCUCUUUAUCCCAACUGUAACAUUAGAUCUGCUUAAUGAAGAAUUAGAACAAGAAGAAGAGGAUGACGACGAUGUAGGCAAAGAUAAAGAAGCUGAGGCUCUGGCUAAAGAACCCAGAUAA